GCCGGCAGGGAGCCCGCUCGGCUGUGCUCCGCUGCUCUGUCCCGGCCCCUCUGUGCCCCCGUCACCGCUGCCGCCGCCGCCGCCGCCGCCGCCCGGGCUCCGCAGCCACAGCUCCCGCCGUCUCUUGCUGCAGACGCUGCCGCCCUCGGGCGGAUCCCCGACACUGACUCCGGGUGCUGAAUAAAGAUGGCGGAAGCCCACCAAGCCGUAGCAUUCCAGUUCACGGUCACUCCAGAUGGAAUUGACCUCCGUCUGAGUCAUGAAGCUCUGAAGCAGAUUUACCUCUCAGGCCUCCACUCAUGGAAGAAGAAGUUCAUCCGAUUCAAGAAUGGAAUCAUCACAGGCGUGUAUCCUGCGAGCCCAUCCAGCUGGCUUAUUGUGGUGGUGGGGGUGAUGUCAACCAUGUACGCAAAAGUUGAUCCUUCAUUAGGAAUAAUAGCAAAGAUCAAUCAAACUCUUGGAACAACGGGUUCUAUGUCCACCCAGACCAAGAACAUUGUCAGCGGCAUUCUGUUUGGCACAGGCCUCUGGGUCACCCUCAUCAUGGCCAUGCGGUACUCCUUAAAGAUGCUGCUCUCCUACCACGGCUGGAUAUUUGCUGAGCACGGCAAACUGAGCCGAGCAACUAGAAUCUGGAUGGGAAUGGUGAAGAUAUUCUCAGGUCGAAAGCCAAUGCUGUACAGUUUCCAGACGUCCCUGCCCCGUCUCCCAGUGCCAGCUGUUAAAGAUACUGUCAACAGGUAUCUAGAAUCAGUCCAGCCGCUUCUGAAUAAAGAAGAUUUUAAAAGGAUGAAGGGGCUUGCCGAAGAUUUCUCCAUUAACCUCGGGCCAAGACUGCAGUGGUAUCUGAAGCUGAAAUCUUGGUGGGCCACAAACUAUGUGAGUGACUGGUGGGAAGAAUACAUCUACCUCAGAGGACGCAGCCCCAUCAUGGUGAACAGCAAUUAUUACGCCAUGGAUUUAUUAUAUGUCCUGCCAACCCGAAUUCAGGCGGCGAGGGCGGGGAACGCCAUCCAUGCGAUCCUGCUGUACCGGAGGAAGCUCGAUCGAGAGGAAAUCAAACCAAUUCUUCUGCUGGGGUCCACUGUGCCCCUCUGCUCAGCCCAGUGGGAACGGAUGUUUAAUACCUCUCGAAUCCCAGGAGAGGAGACAGAUACCAUCCAGCACGUGAAGGACAGCAAGCACAUUGUGGUGUACCACCAAGGGCGCUAUUUCAAGGUCUGGCUCUACCACGAUGGCAGGUUGUUGAAACCCCGGGAAAUCGAGCAGCAGAUGCAGAGAAUUCUCGAUGACCCUUCGGAGCCUCAGGCCGGAGAGGAGAAGCUGGCCGCCCUCACGGCCGGCGAAAGAGUGCCUUGGGCCAAAGCUCGCCAGACCUAUUUUUCCCGUGGGAAGAACAAGCAGUCCCUCGAUGCCAUCGAGAAAGCGGCGUUCUUUGUGACCCUGGAUGACACCGAGCAGGGCUAUAACAAAAAGGAUCCCGUGACCUCCAUGGACAGUUACGCCAAGUCUCUGCUGCACGGCAAAUGCUAUGACAGGUGGUUUGACAAAACGUUCACAUUCAUUGUCUUCAAGAAUGGUAAAAUGGGUAUGAAUACAGAACAUUCAUGGGCAGAUGCGCCAAUUGUUGGUCAUCUGUGGGAGUAUGUGAUGGCUACAGACUGCUUCCAGCUGGGCUACGCCGAAGACGGUCACUGUAAGGGAGACACCAAUCCCAACAUCCCGUGCCCCACGAGGCUCCAGUGGGAAAUCCCAGAAGAAUGCCAAGAGGUCAUUGAGAGAUCCCUGAGCGUCGCCAGCACCCUCGCCAAUGAUGUGGACUUCCACUCCUUUCCAUUCGAUGCUUUUGGCAAAGGGCUAAUCAAGAAAAGUAGGACCAGCCCGGACGCCUUCGUGCAACUGGCCCUGCAGCUGGCCCAUUACAAGGACAAGGGCAAAUUUUGCUUAACGUACGAAGCUUCCAUGACCCGCCUUUUCCGAGAAGGGCGGACGGAGACCGUCCGCUCCUGCACCAUGGAGUCCUGCAGCUUUGUGCUCGCCAUGGUGGACCCCGCGCAGACGGUUGAAAACAAGCUCAAAUUAUUCAAAAUUGCAGCUAACAAACACCAACACAUGUAUCGCCUUGCCAUGACUGGUGCUGGCAUUGACCGCCAUCUUUUUUGCCUUUAUGUGGUCUCCAAAUAUCUAGCUGUUGACUCUCCUUUCCUCAAAGAAGUUUUAUCUGAUCCAUGGAGACUGUCAACUAGUCAGACACCUCAACAGCAGAUAGAACUCUUCGAUCUAGAGAGGAAUCCAGAAUACGUGUCCAGUGGCGGCGGCUUCGGACCGGUCGCUGAUGAUGGUUAUGGAGUAUCCUAUAUUAUAGUAGGGGAGAACCUCAUCAAUUUCCAUGUGUCCUCCAAACUCUCCAGUCCCGAGACUGAUUCUCAUCGGUUUGGAGCUCACCUGAAGCAAGCCAUGAUCGACAUCGUCACCUUGUUCGGACUCCAUUCCAACGCCAAAAAGUAAUUCCAGUUAUGCCCAUCGUGGAGGAAAUGGAACUAUUCCAAGAAACCAAAUAAGACUAAACAUUGCAUUCCCUUUUGUAGUCGAGGGUCAGAAGUUGCUCUUUUCCAGAGAGGAUUUUGUCCUUAGGGUUUUUUUUUGUUUUAUAUAUAGAUAUAUUGAUAUAUAUGUAUAGAAAGAGAAAGAGAGCGAGAGAAGGAGGGCAGAGUAUAUGAAGAAGUGUAAUUUUGCUACUUCUAGGUAUAUCCUAAUUAUGUGAAUGCUUGAUUUUUCCCAUAAAGUCUUUGUCUUGCUUAAAUUUAAUAAAUGAAGGGACUGAAGUAUUGUCAGAUUAAUGUAAGUAGAGGAAUCUUGGUGUAAUAUAUAUGUUGGGAGCAGAAAUAUCACAUUUCCUCAAUUGUGACUGUAUAUCUGGUACUGACAUUUAGCUCUUGUUAUCAGAACAGUUAUAUAUACAUUCUAUAUUUUUUAAAUUGUUUAAAUCGGAAGCGUAACCAAUGGACGUGGCCGUGUCUUAUACUAACCAAGAAUGGGGCAGUUCUUUGGAACAAGCUUUUGCCACGAUUGGAUAACUUGGUUAUUUAUAAUACCCAAGAGAAUAACAGUCUUCUGUAUUUGCUUCAUCUCUAAUUUUAUUGAAAUGAGAAUAAACCCUGAGUGUUUUUAUAACCCCAGUGCCUUAAAAGUAGAAGGCCCUAAACACGAGAAAAGUCUUACACAGAUUGUAUUAUAACUAAAGUUUAUUACUAAAUUAUGGGAUUACAAAUUCCAUUAGCUUAUCUUUUUUUUCCCACUUGAAGUCAGUCCUAGGAUGAGUUUAUUAGCAGAGUAUGAAGCUCUCUUUAUAGGCAAGCAUAUGUGUCUAAUUUUCACCUCCCACAAAGAGUGUGACUUCUUUGGGAGAGGAAAAAGAGCCCACAUCAAUUAGAUUUCCCUGUUUGGUAUCCCUCCUCCCAAAAUUGGGAGCCUGGCGAUGGUUAGAGUAGCAGAAUGACCAUCUGUUGUUACCAGUGGGAUGCUACUCUCUAGCAGCAAAUGUGACACGGACUUUAUGCUGGCUGAUGAAAGGGAAAGUACGAUGGAUGGGGAGAGAGGGAAGAAAGGCAGAGUAAAAGAAUCCCAAAUGAUCCAGAGCGGAGCCUUCUCAGACCCCAAGAUUUUGAAACCAUGAUGAGAGAAAUCACAAUGAAAUCAAACAAAAAACUGUAAUCCCUCUCAUUCCCAAAGGAAGAUAGUACAAGGGUUCUGGAUGACCAUGGUUUCUAAAGCACCUAGAGCCCUGGGAGUGCUGGGAUAGAGCUGACUUCUUGAGGAAGGAUCAGACUGAUUCUUGUUUAAAGGCACUGAAUCCUGAUUUUAUACCAGAGUUAAAGGAUCACAGGAUUCAAUGACCACUGCCACUGGGCUCGACUGACCAUGUGUUUUUUCUUCCAAUGCUGUAUUUCACUUGCGUCUCCUCACCUGGUCCUGCUGGAGUUGACCUCCCAUGGAAGGCAGAUUUUGCAUAUGUAUAUAUUGUAUUACUGGCAUCCCAUCAAAUGGGCCAAAGAAAAUGUUCCUUUUUAAAGUAAAAAUAAAAGGAUUGGGUUUAGUGUCUGAAAAAAAAAAAAAAAACAAAUAAAGAAACAAAAAAAGAGAGAGAGAGAGAGCCUCUACCGGAGGCAGCCAAUGGUCUGUUAAAUCAGAACCCUGCGAGAACCCGCCAGCCAUUCAAUCUGGGCUGCAGAAAUCAUGCACUAUUUCUAUUGACCACUGACCAAUCUGUAUUAAAAUAACACUUAAAUCUGUAUUAGCUCAUAGGAGAGAUUUUAUUAUUAAAGAUAGUGUUUGGGCUUGACUCAGGUUUUAAAUGUUUCCAAUGUAAUUGUAGUUAAUCAGAGCAGUUAUCAAUGCAAUUUUACAUUCUUUAAAAGGAUGUCAAUGUAAUUGGCACAGAAAGUCAGUUUUUCCUGUACAUGUUGAAAGGGCAGUAAGAGUCUUAUGUAUUUAAUUUUUUAUUUAGGAGAGAUCCGGAAUCUUAAUGGAGAUAGGGUUCGUAUCCAUUGUUAUCUUGGAAUGUCCAUUGCAUGUAAAUAGAAUAUGCUCUUUGGGAUGUAAAUCUUGGAAACGCUACGUGAAUGUUGGCUCUCAUUAAUAAAGAAAUUAACCUCA